CUUGCAUCGGUAGAUCUACAACGAACUUGGCUCCAGCUGUUAUAUCAACAGCUGUUCUACGGCAUAGUUACUGCAAAUCAACGUGUCUAAAGUGCCACUUGCGGAGAGACCCCAAUGCUAACGUCACAGUGGAGCUCCCUAGAAUACUUGAAAUUGCACAACUCGUCAUGCGUUUCCGUUCUUCGACAGGCCUCGAUUUGAAGGAUGAUAUACCAUGAACAACGCUCCGGGGCUUUCGGAAUUAGGCCUAGAUAGCGAUUGACACAUCAGAAUAUAUUAAACUAAUAAACGCACUAGCAAGGAUUCCUCGGAGACAAUCCAUUUAAGCCCUCAAUUACCCCACCAAGCACCUCCGAGUCGUAAGUAAUAUCAUUCUGCUGACAAUGCGCUCCCCACUUACUCCCAAAUUUGAUGUCCUGGUAAAGGCCCUUCUAGAGGAAUGGCACGUUCCAGGGAUGACAAUCGCCGUUGUAGAAGGCGCUGAGACCUUCGCCAAGGUGCGCGCCGGUCACCAUGGGCCUUGGCUCUGCAUUCUGUAUUAACGGACUUGUAGGGCUAUGGUAUCGCCGUCUACCCCGACACAAAAGCCACCCCAGAGACGCUGUACUACACUGCCAGCACGACCAAGGCCUUUACGGCGGCAGCGAUGUCCCUAGUCAUCGACGAUCGCAAGAGUAACAGAACCGACAACGACCGAAACACAACUCGAAUCGAUUGGACGACUCCCCUCGCAUCCAUCAUCCCGGAAGACUUCGUUCUCCCGGACGACUACGCCACCACACAUGUUACCAUCGAAGAUGCCCUGUCCCAUCGCACCGGCAUGCCGGAUCACAUACGCCAUUUCGGUGGAAAUGGACCUUCGUCUCGCACGGUUAGGGAGGAAGUUCGCCUGCUACGACACCUCCCAAGUACGGCCGAGCUGCGCACGAAAUACAUGUACAAUAAUCUGAUGUACACGGCAGUCUCGCACACCAUUGAGACUCUAACCGGGGAGGACCUUGGGGCAUUCCUAAGUCACCGCAUCUGGACGCCCCUACAAAUGACCGACACCUACUGGACGCCAGAAGAGGCGCAGGCGAGCGACAAAGUUUUAGCGCAGGGAUACGCCUGGAACACUGAUAAAGGCGAGUAUAUCCCUGAGCCGCCGCCGGACAUAAUCGGCUCAUCCGGCGCCGGCGCGAUCAUCAGCAACGUUCUUGACUAUGCGAAGUGGAUACGCUGCAUGAUGACGCGGGAAGGGCCGCUCAGCGCAGAAGCGCAUGAGGCGUUGGUCCAGCCGCGGACCAUCAUCACCGACGAUCCAACGAUUUUAUUCCCUCCCCCUCAUCUGUACGCUCUUGGCUGGACCCAGGCCAUUUACCGGGGCGAGCACAUCGUCUGGCACCCCGGCGGAGUCGCUGGAUACGGAGCCACGGUGAUGUUUCUCCCUGCGCAGCAGUGGGGUUUGGUCAUGGCGGGGAAUACCACGCUGACGAGUAAUUUCGUUCAAGUGGUGCUGUACAUGUAUCUGCUGGACGAACUAUUGAAGACCCCGCCGAAUGAGCGCUUGGAUUGGAGCCGAUUGAUCUGGGAGAGGGUUAACCUUCAUAGGGAGCAGCAGAUGCAUGCGAGGGAACUUUUAUAUCCUCAGUUGCCUACAGUGCCACUUCCGCCUGCUCACUUAGUGCACGAGUAUGCCGGUCUGUACAUUCACCCGGCGUAUGGAAGACUAGACCUUUUUGUCGACGCGGGGGGGUCAGGCCUCGUUGCUGAUCGCACGACGUGCGAAGUUCCCAUGAUGGUUGUCCUGGAACAUGUCAGUGGAGAGUUCUGGCUGGCAACUCUUCAGGAGAAGAACCAAGAUCCUCGCGACUAUGAGAAGGUGCGGGCGGAGUUUAAAACCGGGGUGGACAGUCGUGUAAACGAGGUGGGAGUCGAUCUCGAGGCUGAAAUGGCUGGGGAGAAGAUCUGGUUCCGGAGGGUGUAUUGAAGUGGAAUACAGAAAUUCUAUCGGUCUUUCAUACAAGGUACUCAAGGCGGUUAUCCAGACUAGGUAUAGCGAUAGCCAAAAUGAGUUAUAUAUUGUGAAUUGAUUACCAGCUACAUCUGGGAAGCAUAUCACACAACAGACUAGACCAAAAACUCCAGAAGUUCACCACUUAGAAAAAACAGCCCAUUGGUUCCCCCUUC